AUGGACGGCACUUGGGAAUUUGAAUGCACGCGGUGUGGGCCCAUCGAGGGUGAUGUCAAGCAUGGAAUGAUAGGUGGGGAAGGAGAGUGUGCAUGGGGUCGGAGAGGGGAUUGCACCUUGGGAGUGGUUAGUGGGAAGACAUACGUGAAUUACUGGAAGACGUUGUUCGGCAUUGGUCAACAAUGCGGCAUGCACGAAUGCAAAUGCAAAAAGGAAGACAAAGGAGAAAAGGCAGACAACGAAGGAGAGACAGCGCAAGAAUACAAGGGCAGCAGAGGGAGACAAGAAGUUGGGAUGAGAGGGAAGAGCAACUAUUGUGCAGGUUAUUAUGAAGGAAGUGGACUGGCUGCUUACGCUUUACGUUGA